AAUCCCAACCCUCGGGGCGCGACCUUCGAGUGACUCUGCCGGGGAUUCCGCGGUGUGCUAUGUGUAAGCAGACGCAGGCAUUCCUAGUACCUUACUACUACCUACCCAGGUAUGCAAGCCCCUCGGUAGGUGGUUUCUGUGAUAAACUCCGGGUACGUAAUUUAUCUCCGCCCUCGUUGCAUUCCACUUAGGUGCCUUCCACCAGCCACACACUGCACUGUCCCCACUAGUGUAAUACAGGGCUCCCUUUACCUCCCCUAUUGUCCGAAUGUCUCCGGGCUGCUUGCUUCGUCAGCAAAUUCUCAAGUAUUUCACGCUUGUUGUACCUACAAGGAAAGGCAGGGUCUCCCAGCAAGUUGGCAAGGAUUCGGUGUGAAGAAGAAGUGGGGGAGGAACCUCCUCCCCCCCAAAGUGGCCGGCUGGUAUGCGAUGUGAUGAUUGCCCUUCCAAUCGACCCGUAUCCGACCCAGCCCAAGUUCACUUCAUAUCCAAGUACUUGUCAUUCAUGCCCCUUCACCUUCACUAAGCAACCAAAACCCACCCUCAAAUUCUGCAUCCAAAUCCGUCUGCGUGCGCACCGUUUAGCGCUCCCCAUGCGCCGGCUUCCGUGUCUGCGCUGCACGGCAUUUUGUUUCCCGCUUUGCAAGCCUCUUCGUUUCCUUCCGCCGUUUGCGCUCUCGCCCCGUGCAAAUCUGGACGAGGCCAAGGAAGACAAGGAGAAAAGGAAGCCAUGGUUUUUGCACAGCCCAACCACUGCUUACUGCUACCAACCAAUGCUGCGCCCAACCCAACCAACCGGCCACCCACUUUGUGUGCUGGCAGCACUUCACAUCUCACGCCUGACAGCGGGCAGGUUGAUCUCAAGAGCAACUGCUGACUGGUUCCUUCGGACGAGCUCCAGUUAUCAUUCCUCGUCGCAACAAGGCAGAUCCCAACCGAGAGGCGGCAACCAGACGGUCACUGGUAAAUAUGGGCCAUGGCGAGCCAGCGGUCUAGGAUCAACCGAACCAAUUUACGGUACCUGUAUUGUGUUACCCUGUCACUAACGGCUACAUCUGUGAGGCUUGAGCACUUGUGCGCGUUCAUCAUGGGACGCAAUCAUCGCCAUCCUGUCCCAUUUCCAUUU